UCGCAUUGCCUCGACGUUGUUCUGCUCUUGUAAUCACAUCUCUAUAAUCUAGCACAGUAUAUUAUGACCCACAACUGCAUUGACUGGGACGCCGUACCACUACGUUUCCUGACGAUAUCGUAUGCUAGCAAAAAGGUGGUGACACGGAAGGGUCCGGCAUCCAAAGUUCGCGAGUUCAAAUCCCUCCAAUCUUUUGCGCACCGGAAAUUUGCUAUCCAAGGCCGCCCAGUCUCAUCCCUGUGCUUCCGAACGACCUGCAACCUUAGCUUCGUGCCUUGUAAAGAUGACGCAGCCUUUGAGGUCGAUGAAGAGGCAUGGGAAGAAGAAGGCUUGAUGGACCUUGUCUGCUGUCUGGAGGUGUACUUGGAGGAGGUUAUGCCUGGUCCAUCCGGCGAAGAGGCAUUACAACUUGUUGAAGAAGAACAUGAAGAUACUCGGGUGCACGAGCAAGCCCGAGAUUCUGACGAACUGGAAGAUACAGAGGGAGAAUGCAGUGAUAUAGCAAAGGACAAUAACAAUGUCGAGGAGGACGAUGCACAGGACGAGGACGAGGCGGAGAAAGAGCAGGAUACAGAGGAGCAGGAGGAGGAAGAGGAAGAGCAGGAGGAGAACGAACAGAUGGAGGAGAAGGAGGCAAGUACUGUGCGGACUAGGCCAUCCGGUCGCCGACGACGGGUCAUUAUGUCUGAUGACGAAGAUAGCCCAAAGGCGAUUGACCGUAACUCAAGACUGGCUGCAGAGUUGCAGCAGAUACAAAAAGCUCCUGUCGUUGGUGACCCUCAGCCCUCGGCACUCAGUGCUAAGAACCGAACGACUAUUGUUCGUGCACAAAAUAUGCCGCAUGUCCCUGAUACAGAACGACCGAUUAAGAGGGAAAAGGAAACUCCUGCGCAUCGCGUGCAAGUGUCGUCAGUUGCUGGAAGCUCGCAAGAAGGCCGAGCCCCCUUCGAAACACAUGAACCACUAGGCCAACCUAUCAAAGAAGAGCCAAAUUCAAGUUCUGCAGGGCGAACGGUGUCUCAGCCUCAAGCGACUCAGGCCACUCAAGAAUCCGAACUAGCGCCUGAGCUUGCACACACCAAAAUCGUCAUUAGCAUCCAGCACAAACCCUCCGCGCAGCACGCACAGUUCAGCACGAAGCCCCAUACACGAAUAGGCAAAGUUCUUACCGGUGCAUGCAAGAGCUUCCGCUUGGAUGUUAAUGUAGCGCAACUCUACUUAGUGGUGGUAACGCAAAAUGACCAGGGCUUGAAGGAGGAAGAUUAUUUCUUGUGCGACCGAAAUGAGACAGUGGAAGCCGCUGUUAUGGGCGUGGAAGGGAGGGCAGAUUUUAUGAUUCGCAUGCCUGAAGAUCCUACAAAGUAGGAUUGUGGAAAGCCAGUGCAGUGUGCUGUGCAAGGAGUCUGUGUUCGUCUGUCUCACCUUUGCUGAAGACAAAAUUGAAUUGGCUCCCGCAGCAAAUCAUCUUCAUACGCAUAUACUCACAGAUACAUUUUUAUCCGUCGUACCACAGGAUCAGUACUAGUACCUGGCCACCUAUGACCGUCGCAAUGUUAGUGAUGGGGUUGGCUCGUGA